AACCCGGAAACGUGGCCUUCUCAUGAACCGACAAAAAAAAAAUUUAACAUUCGGAUAACGCGGAAAAGGGUAGAAAAGCGAGCCAGUCUUGGAUUGAAUGGACGGAGGCUUCUCAACGUCUCCAAGGUCCAAACCAUCAUCCGCGAAGAAUACACUUCGCCGUCGAUCACUGACCCGGUGACACUUCCCCUGCCCUCUGUACCACCCUAGAAACUCCCUUAAUUCUGAGGAUUUAGUUGAAUCAUGAGGAGUUUGCCAAACCCAGUUUCGACUUCACCAACCCAAUGCCAAGAAACCACCGGAGGUUCAAUGACGAUCUCCUGCGGAUUCUUCUCCCACGUCCCGAAUCUCCACUCCUUCUCCCUCAACAAGGCCUUCACCAAAGUUUUGGCUUCGACCCAGAUCACAAUUUCCCCAAAAGACUCUGUCUUGACGCUACCCAACUGGAGGGACUCUCCGAAUAAUCCAAAUCCCAGUGCUAGAAGCAAGGAAGCAAGACAAACCGAAGAGUUCUACAAUCUGGAGCACAAGGUGGCGAAAGGGCAGAAGCCGGACGUCAUCAAAGCGACCCAAUUGAUGUACGACCUCUGCAAAUCGGACAAGCUGAAGAAAGCAAUUCGAGUCAUGGAAAUGGUGAUCCAUUCCGGGAUCAUCCCUGACGCAGCUUCCUGCACUUUCCUGGUUAACAAUCUCUGUAAACGGGGAAAUGUCGGGCACGCGAUGCAGUUCGUGGAGAAGAUGGAGGAAUUCGGGCUCCCCACGAGCAGUACGACUUAUAACUCACUAGUUCGAGGGCUAUGUAUGCAGGGGAAUUUGAACCAGUGCUUGCAGUUCAUCGAGAGGUUGAUAGAGAAAGGGCUCGUCCCCAAUGCAUUCACUUACUCGUCGCUGCUCGAGACCGCGUAUAAGGAGCGAGGAGCGGACGAGGCAAUGAAGCUUCUGGAUGAGAUCAUUGCGAAAGGAGGGAUGCCCAAUUUGGUCAGCUACAAUGUGCUGCUGACUGGUUUGUGCAAGGAAGGGAGGAUUCACGACGCGAUUCGGUUGUUCAGGGAGCUGCCUUCCAAAGGGUAUAGUCCCAAUGUGGUGAGCUACAACAUACUGUUGAGGAAUUUGUGUUAUGAAGGGAGGUGGGAGGAGGCGAAUGAGUUGUUAGCGGAGAUGGACGGGGAGGAAAGAACUCCCUCUGCGAUUACUUACAACAUACUCAUCAGCUCGCUGGCGCUACAUGGGAGAACCGAGCAUGCGCUCCAAGUGCUCGAUGAAAUGACGAAGGGGGCGGCUCACAAGCCGACAACUGCGACGUACAAUCCGAUCAUCGCUCGUUUGGCGAAGGAAGGAAUGGUGGAGAUGGUCGUGAAGUGUCUGGAUCAGAUGCUGUAUCGCCAUGUCAUGCCUAAUGAUGGAACUUACAGCGCCAUCGCGGUGCUCUGUGAGGAAGGAGGGAAGAAGGUGAAGGAGGCCUUCACCAUUAUCAAAACCUUGGGGAAGAAGCGGAGUGCUUCCACUCACGAGUUCUACAAAGGGGUGCUUGCCAGCUUGACGAGAAAGGGGAACACCUACGCGGCAUUCCAGCUUCUGUACGAGAUGACAAAAGAUGGUUUCACUCCCGACUCCCACACUUACUCGUCGUUGAUCAGGGGCCUGUGCGUGGAAGGGAUGCUGAACGAGGCGUUGGAGAUCUUCCAGCUGCUGGAGGAGAAUCGAUACAAGCCCGUGGUGGACAAUUUCAACGCACUCGUGCUAGGGUUUUGCAAGUGUGGGAGGACCGAUCUGGCACUGGAGGUCUUUGAGAUGAUUGUGGAGAAAGGGUACUUGCCUAAUGAGACGACUUACACGAUUCUGGUAGAAGGGAUUGUGCACGAAGGGGAGAAGGAUUUGGCUGCCGACGUUUUGAAGGAGUUGUAUGGGCGGGGAGUAGUGCGGUUGAAUACCUUGGAGAGGCUUGUCAUGCAAUAUGACCUCGAACUCGAAGGGUUGAAUGUGUAACAUCAGUCAUCAAAGAUCUCGAUAAUUCAAGGGAGACAGAUUGGAAGAAAGGAGUGAGAUUAGAUCAUGUUCAUUUUGUAAAGCGGAUGAAUAACUCUGGAUUUACAGGCCCUGCCUUCAACGUGUAGUGGAACAGAAGGCAUUUCCUUUCUACACUAUGAUACAGCAUUCAAUUGACU